UAAUUUCCAUUCUUCUUCUUCUUCUUCUUAAUCCUCUUUAUGCAAAGCAAUUGAGAAUCUCAAUUUCCACAAUAUGAAUGCUCAAUUGAGCAUAGUUUCACAUGGUAUCAGAGCGUCGAUCGUCAUUUUCUGCUGUAGCUUGCUGUGAAUUUUGAUAUCUGUUUCGAAAAGCACCAUGGUGGUUGAGGAGGAAACUGGAUCUACAGAAGUACCUGUUGUUGUGGUUGAUCAUCAUCAUCCGCUGUUUCUUCAGACUUCCAGGAGCAGUUAUAAUUCCAAUUAAACUUACAGGACCGGAGAAUUACACACUAUGGAGUCUAUUAAUGAAGCUUGCUCUUCGGGGAAAAGGCAAACUUGGAUUCAUCGAUGGAACAUGUGGAAAACAUCAUUAUAAAGGAGAAUUGGCUGAAUUGUAGGAGAAGUGCAAUGUGAUUGCACUCUCGUGGAUUGGAUAUACAGUAGCAGCUGAGCUAAUGCCAACGAUCCUAUAUGCAUCACAUGCUAAGCAAGUUUGGAUCGAGUUCAAGGAGCGUUUUGAUCGAUCAAAUUUGACGAGAAUUUAUCAUCUCUGGACUGAAAUUACAACCCUGCGGCAAGGUAUGGAUCCUUAACCACUUAUUAUUCGAAGUUGAAAGAUUCAUGGCAUGAAUUAGGCAUCAUGGUACCAUUACCUCAAUGUGACCGUGGAGAAUCACGACCUUACCUGGAGCAUUUAAGAUCUCAAAGAUUGUUACAGUUUCUUAUGGGAUUGAAUGAAAGUUAUAACCAAAUUCGAAGCAGUAUUCUAGCUAGGACUCCAAUUGUUACUGUGAAUGAAGCUUAUGCAAUUGUAUCAAAAGAGGAGAGCCAAAGGACCUUAGGUGUUGUUGAUGAUAAGAAAGAGGUUGUAACAUUACUAGCAGGAAAAUCACAAUCUUACAGGCCAUCUCCUAAGAAGGAGCAGGAUAGUUCCAAUAGUCCUCAGAGAUUUGAGUUGUUCUGUGAGUACUGUGGGUAUAGAAACCAUAAAAAGGACAAUUGUUAUCGAUUGGUUGGUUAUCCUCCUGGUUUUCAGAUUAAAAAGAGGGCCAAUAAUAAUGUUGGAGCAGGACAUUUUAGGCCUAAUGGAGGUGUUCAAGGUGAUGGAUCCAACUCAUUUGGAAACAAUCAGACUCAUGCUACUGGUAUAGACCUCAGGGUAGGACUCAACACAACUCAGGUGGCUAUAGGCCUCCCAGACCUGUGGUUAGGGGAGAUUCAUCAGGGAUUAGGCCUCAAGUCAAUGCCUCUCACUCAACAGCAGAACCUUCAUCAUCUAAGGGUUAUUUCUUCAGUGAUCAACAAUAUGAUGAAAUGCUACCUAUGCUUGGAAAGAAAGGCACACCUGAAUAUUCAUCAAAUCUAGCAGGCACUCUCCAAUGACAAGGUCAUGGGGAUUGGUAGGGAAAGAGAAGGUUUAUACAUACUCAAGGAUUGCAUCCCAAGAACAUUUCAUACAUCAACUAACAUUUCAACUAAGAGCACUAGUAGUGAAGAAGAUACUUUUUGGCACUACAGGCUAGGACCCCUUCUGGUAGAGUCAUGCAACAUAUUACAUCUCUUCCUAAGAAAGUACAACCUCAUGUUCAAGAUCAAUGUGACAUUUGUCCAUUGGCUAAACAACAUAGGCUUAAAUUUCUUGUUCACUCUACAAGGCAGUAGCCUCUUUUGAUUUAGUUCAUUUAGAUGUCUCGGGACCCUAUAAAAAGCCUACAUAUGACAUGAAACACUCAUUUGUCAAUUUGGUAGACGAUCAUAGCAGAUAUACUUGGGUUUGUUUGAUUCAAUCCAAGAGUGAAGUGUUUCCUGUAUUGAAUUUUUUUUAUCAUUAAUAAAAACUCAGUUUGAUGUGUCUGUAAAAGUGUUUAGAUCUGAUAAUGGUAGAGAAUUUGUUAACUCUCAA